GAAUGCGCUCCUGCCUUCCCGGGCAGCGCUUUGGGCUUCCCCUCGGCCGCUUCCCGCCGGAACCUCUCCAGCGGUCCACCUGAAGGGCAGCAGCAUCAUGGUCUAACGCGGCACCUGCCUGGAAUCCCCUUUCUCCUGGUCUUCUUCCACCUACUCCACCCCUCCUCUCUUCCUGCGAGGACCCUCGUGCCCACUCCACUGCGGACCCCCGAACACUUUAAGGAAUAAGCGUUGGCAGCUGCACGAUUCACUCUCUCCAAAACCUCAUGGGCAGUUUCUCCCGGCGAUGAUGGAGAACCUAAUAAGGGGAAGGAAUCCCCCACAAUAUCAGAGAAGUCCUUGUAAAGAAGUUCGUGCAGCACUUCGGAAGAGGCCUGAAGAAGAGUUGCAGUGCCUGGAGAUGACCACCAAACGGAAAAUCAUCGGCCGACUGGUGCCGUGCCGAUGUUUCCGAGGUGAAGAAGAAAUCAUCUCAGUUUUAGACUACUCCCACUGCAGUCUUCAGCAGGUGCCAAAGGAGGUCUUUAACUUUGAGCGGACGUUAGAGGAGCUUUAUCUAGAUGCCAAUCAAAUUGAAGAGCUACCCAAGCAAUUGUUCAACUGUCAAGCUCUAAGAAAACUAAGUAUUCCUGAUAAUGAUCUUUCAAAUCUGCCAACCACUAUUGCUAGUUUAGUUAAUCUUAAAGAACUCGACAUCAGUAAAAAUGGUGUACAAGAAUUUCCAGAAAACAUUAAGUGUUGUAAGUGUUUAACAAUUAUUGAAGCCAGUGUCAAUCCCAUUUCUAAACUCCCCGAUGGCUUCACGCAGCUUCUAAAUCUGACCCAGCUCUACCUGAAUGACGCCUUUCUUGAAUUUCUUCCAGCUAAUUUUGGAAGACUUGUCAAAUUGCGGAUCUUGGAGUUAAGAGAAAAUCAUUUGAAAACUCUACCAAAGUCAAUGCACAAACUGGCCCAGUUGGAAAGACUUGACCUAGGCAAUAAUGAAUUCAGUGAACUGCCUGAAGUUCUGGAUCAAAUACAAAAUUUAAGAGAGUUAUGGAUGGAUAAUAAUGCAUUACAAGUGCUACCUGGGUCUAUAGGGAAGUUAAAGAUGUUGGUAUACCUGGAUAUGUCAAAAAACAGAAUAGAAACGGUUGACAUGGACAUUUCUGGAUGUGAAGCCCUUGAGGACCUCUUACUGUCAUCCAACAUGUUGCAACAGUUGCCUGACUCUAUAGGACUGUUGAAAAAAUUAACAACUCUAAAAGUAGAUGACAAUCAACUUACAAUACUACCCAACACAAUCGGAAAUUUAUCUUUGUUGGAAGAAUUUGACUGUAGCUGUAAUGAACUGGAGUCUUUACCUUCUACUAUUGGCUACCUUCAUAGUCUUCGAACGUUAGCAGUCGAUGAGAAUUUCCUUCCAGAAUUACCCCGAGAAAUUGGAAGCUGUAAGAAUGUAACAGUUAUGUCUCUACGUUCCAAUAAACUGGAAUUUCUUCCUGAAGAGAUUGGACAGAUGCAGAAGCUAAGAGUCUUAAAUUUGAGUGACAACAGAUUGAAGAAUUUACCAUUCUCAUUUACCAAACUGAAAGAGCUUGCAGCUUUGUGGCUUUCUGACAAUCAGUCCAAAGCCCUUAUCCCUUUACAAACUGAAGCCCAUCCAGAAACAAAGCAAAGAGUAUUGACUAACUACAUGUUUCCCCAGCAACCUCGUGGUGAUGAAGAUUUCCAGUCAGACAGUGACAGCUUUAACCCUACACUGUGGGAAGAGCAGAGACAACAACGCAUGACUGUUGCCUUUGAAUUUGAAGAAAAAAAGGAAGAUGACGAAAAUGCUGGGAAAGUUAAGGAUCACCCCUGCCAAGCCCCCUGGGAAAGGGGCCAGCGUGGGAUUACUCUCCAACCUGCCAGACUGUCUGGCGAUUGCUGCACACCAUGGGCCAGGUGUGAUCAGCAGAUCCAAGAUAUGCCCGUCCCCCAGAAUGACCCACAGCUGGCAUGGGGUUGUAUAAGUGGCCUCCAGCAGGAAAGGAGCAUGUGUACUCCAUUGCCAGUUGCAGCACAAUCCACCACUCUUCCCUCUCUAAGUGGCAGACAGGUUGAAAUAAACCUAAAACGAUAUCCAACUCCUUACCCAGAGGAUUUAAAGAAUAUGGUAAAAUCUGUACAAAAUCUGGUGGGUAAGCCAAGCCAUGGAGUGCGUGUUGAGAAUUCAAAUCCAACUGCUAACACGGAGCAAACUGUGAAAGAAAAAUAUGAACACAAGUGGCCUGUAGCCCCAAAGGAGAUAACAGUGGAGGAUUCUUUUGUUCAUCCAGCUAAUGAAAUGAGGAUUGGGGAACUUCACCCUUCAUUAGCUGAGACCCCUCUGUACCCACCCAAACUUGUUCUGCUAGGGAAGGACAAAAAAGAAUCAACUGAUGAGUCUGAAGUUGACAAAACUCACUGUCUGAAUAACAGUGUUUCCUCAGGCACUUACUCAGACUACUCGCCUUCCCAGGCUUCCUCAGGAUCCUCUAACACGCGGGUUAAAGUGGGGUCCUUGCAGACAACAGCUAAAGAUGCAGUACAUAAUUCUUUAUGGGGUAACAGGAUUGCACAAUCUUUCCCACAGCCUCUUGAUUCAAAGCCAUUGCUCACCCAGCGGGAGGCUGUUCCCCCAGGGAAUCUACCACAGCGUCCGGACCGGCUGCCAAUGAGCGACGCCUUCACUGACAACUGGACUGACGGUUCACAUUAUGAUAACACAGGGUUUGUUGCAGAGGAGACCACAGGCGAGAAUGCCAACAACAAUCCUCUCUUAAGUUCGAAAUCUAGAAGCACAUCUUCUCACGGACGCAGGCCUUUGAUUAGGCAGGAUAGGAUUGUUGGUGUUCCCCUGGAACUUGAGCAGUCUACACACAGACACACGCCAGAAACAGAAGUGCCUCCUUCCAAUCCUUGGCAGAAUUGGACCAGAACCCCUAGUCCUUUUGAAGACAGGACCGCUUUCCCUUCCAAAUUAGAGACAACCCCCACCACCAGCCCAUUGCCUGAAAGGAAAGAGCAUAUAAAAGAAUCUGCUGAAAUACCUAGUCCUUUUUCUCCAGGAGUACCAUGGGAGUAUCACGAUUCCAAUCCCAACAGGAGUCUUAGCAAUGUCUUUUCUCAGAUCCACUGCCGCCCAGAAUCAUCUAAAGGUGUUAUUUCCAUUAGUAAAAGCACAGAGAGGCUUUCCCCACUCAUGAAAGAUAUCAAGUCCAAUAAAUUCAAAAAGUCACAGAGUAUCGAUGAGAUUGACAUUGGUACAUACAAGGUGUAUAAUAUACCAUUAGAAAACUAUGCCACUGGGAGUGAUCACUUAGGAAGUCAUGAACGGCCAGAUAAAAUGUUGGGACCGGAGCAUGGUAUGUCCAGUAUGUCUCGAAGCCAGUCAGUGCCGAUGCUGGAUGACGAGAUGCUCACUUAUGGAAGUAGUAAGGGGCCACAGCAACAAAAAGCGUCCAUGACCAAAAAAGUCUAUCAGUUUGACCAAAGCUUCAAUCCCCAAGGAGCAGUGGAAGUUAAAGCCGAAAAGAGGAUACCGCCCCCCUUUCAACACAAUUCCGAGUACGUGCAACAGCCCGGCAAAAACAUCGCCAAGGAUUUGGUUAGUCCUAGAGCUUACAGAGGAUACCCACCCAUGGAGCAAAUGUUUUCAUUUUCUCAGCCAUCUGUGAAUGAGGAUGCUGUGGUGAAUGCCCAGUUCGCAAGCCAAGGUGCCAGGGCAGGCUUCCUGAGAAGAGCCGACUCCCUGGCGAGCUCCACAGAAAUGGCCAUGUUUAGAAGGGUCAGUGAACCUCAUGAGCUGCCUCCGAGCGAUAGGUACGGCAGACCUCCAUAUAGGGGCGGUCUGGAUCGCCAAAGCAGCGUUUCAGUGACUGAGUCCCAGUUCCUGAAAAGGAAUGGCAGGUAUGAAGAUGAACACCCUUCAUAUCAAGAAGUGAAAGCUCAGGCGGGAAGUUUUCCAGUUAAAAACCUUACCCAGAGGAGGCCAUUGUCUGCAAGAAGCUACAGUACAGAGAGUUACGGUGCCUCCCAGACCAGGCCAGUUUCAGCUAGGCCUACUAUGGCAGCUCUUUUGGAAAAAAUACCAUCUGACUAUAACUUGGGUAACUAUGGUGACAAGCCAUCAGAUAACAGUGAUAUAAAGACGAGGCCCACUCCUGUGAAGGGAGAGGAGAGCUGUGGUAAAAUGCCUGCAGACUGGAGACAACAGCUGCUUAGACAUAUAGAAGCUAGAAGGUUAGACAGGAAUGCUGCUUACAAACACAACACAGUUAACCUUGGCAUGCUGCCCUAUGGAGGUAUUUCAGCAAUGCAUGCAGGCAGAAGCAUGACUUUAAACUUGCAGACUAAGUCUAAAUUUGAUCUACAAGAACUACCUCUUCAGAAAACCCCGUCCCAGCAAAGCAACAUUUUAGACAAUGGACAAGAAGAUGUAUCUCCUAGUGGCCAAUGGAAUCCUUAUCCUCUUGGGAGGCGGGAUGUACCUCCGGACACCAUUACUAAAAAGGCAGGCAGCCACAUCCAGACUUUGAUGGGGUCCCAAAGCCUUCAGCACCGUAGCCGGGAGCAGCAGCCAUAUGAGGGAAAUAUAAACAAAGUGACCAUCCAGCAAUUUCAGUCACCAUUGCCUAUUCAGAUCCCCUCUUCACAGGCCACCCGGGGACCUCAGCCUGGACGGUGCUUAAUUCAAACUAAAGGGCAAAGGAGUAUGGAUGGCUAUCCGGAGCAGUUUUGUGUGAGAAUAGAAAAAAAUCCUGGCCUUGGAUUUAGUAUCAGUGGUGGAAUUAGCGGACAAGGAAAUCCAUUUAAACCUUCUGACAAGGGUAUCUUUGUUACUAGGGUUCAGCCUGAUGGACCAGCAUCCAACCUGCUGCAGCCUGGCGAUAAGAUCCUUCAGGCAAAUGGACAUAGUUUUGUACAUAUGGAACAUGAAAAAGCUGUAUUACUACUGAAGAGUUUCCAGAAUACAGUAGACCUAGUUAUUCAACGUGAGCUUACUGUCUAAAUAUUUUUUAUAAAUAGUGAAGAUACGUCUAGCCAGACCUAAUGUUCAAAAAUAAAUUUAUACAUAGAAACAAAUUUUGCCAUUUGCUGGACCAAUGGCAAACAUUAGUGCCAAAUGUAUAAUAUUAUAUGUUAGCACUGAUCAUCCUUAAAAAUGUUAACUAUAUAAAUAUGAUGUUCAUGUGGUUAUGUAUUAGUUUUACUUGUCAGCCUCCGGCUGUGCAUUGGUGCAGUUUUGUUUUUGUUUUUGUUUUUGUUUUUUUAAUCAAAUAAGUUUCUUCUCGAAGUGGAUUUCAUAUAAUUUCGGAGCACGGAAGCACAUACAAGCUCUUUACGAAUUCUGCUCUCCAUCAGAAACACUGCCUCAAAGUUGUAUAUGCCUUUAUAUAGAAAAUACAAAUAUAAAGAAUUGUAAUUCCCAUAAAAUAUUUCUAGCACAGGUAUAUGUUGGCAUAUAUACAAAAAGAAUAUAGAGAAAAACAAUAUUUUCAUAAACUAAACAUCUCGGAUUGAGAAAGAAACUAUAUCUUAAAAUAAGACUUUACUAUAUUGAAUCUUUUUCAAUAAAAAUUACAUGAUAAUGCCUUAUGAAAGUAACUGUACAUAUGGUAUAAAGUGUUUAUAUUUGGUUCCAUAUUCAUUUGCUAAAUUCUCAUAACACAGAGUGAAAUAUUUCAUAAAUUAGCCAUUUAUCUCUGGGACCGGAAUAAAAAUAGGACAAACUAAUUUGUUCAAUGCCUUUAGCUAAUUACAAUACACACAAAGAGUUAAGAAACAGACUAAAGGUCAUUACAGAUAAAUCUUUUUCACCACAAAUUUAAGCAGUGAAUGAUGGGUGGCAGGAAAGAUAUUGCUUAAUUUCUUUCAAGUUUAUGUUGAUUAUAAAGUGGAGCCCAUGUGAUUUCUUUACUUGUAAAUGUGGAAUUUAUUUGUGUGUUGCUUUAUCUAAUUUGCUACUUUUAAAUAAUUUAAAAUGAGUUUUGGAGAUUGAUAAAAUUUAUCAUUAAGGAAGAUCGUUGUUAGAAAGUUAUGGUGGAUGAUUAAAAAACUUUGGCAUUUAAAUAUGAAACUUCAAAUAUAAUUUCUCAGAGCUGUGGUCUACCUGUAUUAUUAAUUUCAGUGCCUGUUUUGUGUGGGCAAAAAUAGAGAAAAUACUUUUUUUCCAAAAAUGUUUCGAAGUAUAAUCCUGGGUUCUCUUAUUGAGAGAAAGACAAGCAUAGUUAAUAGAGAAUUUGUUAUUUUUACAUUAGAAUUGUUUCCUCUAUAAAUAAUCAAAAUUCAUUUUAUAAUCCUUUAAAAAUAUUUCUUUUUUAUAUUAGUCAUUAAUUUGAUUAAAAUAUUAAUUUGAAAUUCCAGAAUAAUUUCCCAGAGUUGGUUGUAUGCAUGCUCUCAUAUUUCCACAUAGCUAUAUAUAUAUAUAUAUAUAUAUAUAUAUAUAUGUAUGUAUGUAUAAUGGAUUUAGUUUACAUGGUAGUGUUUCAAGUAUUCUAUUAGGAUUUUCACAAUAGUAUCAUGUACUGGUGUCACCAAAGCUCUGAGAGUAAUAUUUGUAAGUUAACUGUUUUAUGGGGACAUUGAAAAUACUGUAUUUUUGUAGGGUCUAUUAAAAUGAGUGUCACUUAUUAGAAGUACAGUGGUAUUUUUUGGCAAUAGAAUUUGUCACUUGAAGGCAAAUGAUACUUCACUUUAUAGAUGAUGCACUAAUUUUGAUGUUGCUUUACGUCAGGGUGACAUUAUACCAUGAUUUUAUAGGGUUUGACAUUUAGCAAAUGAUUAAAUGAUUGGCCUAUUUAAUACGUUUCCCAGAAGUAAGUUUUAAAUGCAUUUUAAUAUAUCAACAGUUUCUGAUGAGAAAUGUCUUUCAGAGCCUAAUUUCCUUUGUCAAAAACUGACACCAAACCAUGGUACCACGGUUUCCAGCUGCUAUUAUAGGAUGAUCAUCAUUAAUCAAGAUGGAGGCCCCCACUGGCCUCACAAGAUCACUUAAAAGAAAAACAAACUCAUGGGUGUAGUGUUGGCAAUGAAGCAUCUCAACUCAUCCCAUCAGUUCUGUUUAAUCUGUUCUGGGAGAGGUCGAAGAAGAGUCAGACAGAGGACCACCCAAGUCUCGUCUCUUAUGUCAGGUCUCCCCAUCAGACCCAUGGCUCCAGGAGAGGCUUCUGAGGCACAGAGCUACAAGGAUCAUAGUAAACACCUCUUCCACUCCUGAUGGGACACCAUUGUCCUGGCCCAGGGCUCUCAUCCUUACUGUUCUACAGGAAAUGAGGAAAAGAAAUGGGGUUCCUGACCCACUGGAAAAGAAAUAUGAUGUUUCAAAGCACCUCAUUGUCAAUUGUUCUGCCAUGCUGCAUACUGAGAAAAGGCAGGUAAUAAUGAAAAGAGACAUUUUUUUUAGAUUGAUUGAAAAAAAAUUACUAAUUACUCGAGGGGUUAAAAAAUCUAAUUUAUUCCAUAGGCGACCAAAACCAAAAAUACAUUAAUUUCUGAGUAUUGACUUUUGGAGUAAUUGGCUUUGCUCCCUGAAAUAAGAAUCUGGUUUAUGUUAACCACCCCUUCCCACAGAAAGAAAGAAAGAAAGAAAGAAAGAAAGAAAGAAAGAAAGAAAGAAAGAAAGAAAAGGGGAAAAAAAGUUAAAGGUGUGCCUUUUUAAAAAAGAAAAACGACGACAACAAAGGAGUGAAAUUCAUGAUGAUUCCAAUAGAUUUGCCUCUUGGUCUUUGAUUUUUACUGAGAUCUUUCUGCUGAGGAAGCGAUCUCAAUCUGGUGAAUCAGUAAGACACAAGGAAGGAGAAUGGGAAAGAUAAGGGUGGAAAGAACAAGGAGUGAAAAGUACUGGUAGAAUUCCUGCAGAUUUUGCAAAGCCAAAUAGACAUUCGUGGUCAAUUUUUAAAACUUUAUAUGGCUUAAAAAUACAAUGCCACAAAAGAUCUCUUACAAUAAUUUCCACCUUCUAGACAAUAUAACUCACUUUAACAAAGAGAAUAAUUUCAAAAUAUAAGUGUACUUUUGACAAGGAAUACUCAAAAUCAGUAUAACAUACUGAUAUUUACAUCAUGCUAAUUGAUUGCUCAUUGAAACCUAUAAAACAUGUGUGUCUCGGUUCAUUAAAACUCUUAAUUGCAUAAAAACAUCAAACAAUCCUAGUUGUUUCUGGGUCUUACAUUGGAUUACCACUUUCAAGAUGAAAAGCAGUUUUAAAGAGAGGAUGACAAAUCAGCAUUAAUUUGUUUUUAAUCUGAAAGAUGACUGCACACAUAUUACUAAUAUAAUUGCUUAUUUAAAAAGUAGGACUGAAAUAUCUUUCCGUGGGUGAACUAAAUAGAUAGUACACCCAGAGAGAGGAAAAUGAAGAAAUUAGAUUUACACCUUCAAAUAUUAAGUGAAAGUAUUUGAUUUGCCAGAAUGAUUAGAUGAAGGGAGCAAGAAAAACAUUUUACCAUAAAUCAUCAAAUCAAAUACCUCCACCAAAAUUUAAAUAUUUGGAAAAUAUAGUGUUUGUCACCUUGUCUUUUCAUUGGCUUUUAAUGCUGUGCUCGGUCAAUUCCUGCCCCCUUACUGGCACCCAGAUCAAAAAUGUCUAUUCUGAUGGAUCUGCUGUUAUCAAGAGGCAACAAUACACCAUAAUCAGAUAAACGGGCAUGCUGGUACAGGACCACCGCUCUAAGCCUUUGGUAAAUUCAAUCAGGCAAUGUGUUUGACUGAUUCUUGAAAUACUGACCAAACAGCGGGCUUGCUGAAACAUUGGGUCAGUAAAAAGUUAAUGCAAAUAAGGAAAUCCAGUCAGUUCAGAAGAUGGGUCCUUUAUCUAGUAUCAAGAAAAGCAGGGUUGAGUUUCCAGGAAAGUUCCUCUCACAGAAAUGCUAAAUUUUUCUGAGGCUCAAUAAAAUGUUCAAACACUGGAUUGAUGAUGCACCAUCUUAUGGUUGUAGUUAACGGAUCAUCUGGGAAUUGGGGGUUAAGGGGGGUGGGAAUCUCCAGAUUUUAGAUCACCUGCAUGAACUAUGUUCCUUAGCAAUAUAACUGCUUCCCAUUAUGAAAAGCAUCCUGCCUUGCCCCAGAAUAUUGCCCCAUCACUCAGUUAGACUGUCGCCCAGGUAUAUACGAUAGCAAAAAACUAGAAUAUGGGCUGGGGAAAAACAGACGUGUACUCUAGAAAGCACCAUUAUAGGAGACCAUCGGUGUCCGCUCCCCUGUGCAUCCCUUCAGUUUCAUUUGAUCUAAACUACCCAGAGAAUGUGUUUUCUGAAACCCCCCACUGUACAGAACUCAAAGCAGAUUCAGUCAACUGGUGCAGCUGCAUUCUGAACCUUCUGGGGGCAUUUCCAUUUCUUGUAUGCAAAACUGACCUCUCUUCAUUGCUGCUGUAGCUGCUAUAGGCCCAUCCCUCUGACUCGCUAUGAUGUUCCAAAGGCAGAGGAUGGCUGCUGACACAAGGAUAAGAGGCCCCCUUAGAGUUCUAAUUGUCUGGAGACCCUUGAGUAUCUACGCAUGGUUCCAGCUUCCAGUUUGGGAAGAACUUCCUUAGAUGACCAAGGAACUUGAGUGGUAGCAUUAACCCAGGUGCAAAGGUGGCACAUUUAUGUCUCUGACAACAAACCAACCUUGUGUGCGAGGGUGGGGGGGGGAGGCAAUGCCUUAACAGAACCAUGGUUCCACUUCUGUUUUUAAAAUGUUGACUUUUGCUGUAUUGACAACUCUAAGCCUGUCAGCUGAUUGUUACUGGGAAAGGUUCCAAUCUUCCUCACCUUUGACACUGUCUACAAGAGAAUGGUUUGGAAACAUGCCCCUAUGAGGGUAUAAAUUGCACAACUUCUACUUUGGAGAAUUCAGAGAUUUCUGAUCUAUGGAGGGGAAAGAUACACUCAGCUUUUGAUUAAAAAGAAUAAACGAAAACCUAGGAAUGUUGAAUUCCUCUGGAUUCUCAACAUGUGAUUAUCAUAAUCUUUCCUGAGAGCAGUUCUAGGGGAAGUAAAGAGGAAAAACAGAGGGGAGGGAAAUAAUUCUCUGCUUCCAGCUUUAGAAGGUUUAGAAGCAUUACUCCAUCUGCUAGGGUUUCCCUAGUGGAUUUUGUUCUAGGGCAGUGAGCUCACACUUUGUAACGACCCACCGAGCGUGAAGCAGGAUGAGAAAUAGGGCUGGAUUUAAGACAGGCACAAAGAGAAGGGUAUCUCUGCAGCUGUCCUGUAUCUCCCCAGACUAUGCUCCAAAACACUUUUUCUUGGCCUAAUUUUGUUAAUAGCAGCGCCUCAAAGAGUGGAACAUUAUGAAAUCCAGGCAGUGUUUAUGUAGAAAGCACUGAAACCCUGUGACUCUUCUUAGUCUGGUGUUGGAACCAGUGUGGGCCGGGCCCAAAGAAAAAGCCAUGGGUCGAACUUUUACAAAUACUAUAUUCAAACCCAGCAUAACUUACAACCUAUGUGGGGAUGAUUACUGAGGAAAAAGUUAAAUAAAUCAUCCACUCUUUCUCUAGUUUGAAAAGUAGAUACAUUUUAUUCUUAAAACUACCAGUGUUGCACAGUUGUAUUAGUUGUGCCAGGUUUAUUUCUAUCCUCCGCCCCGCCCCCACCGUCUUUAAAAUAACAGGAGUUAGCAGCCUACAGUCAGGUCUCUCUAUACCUGGAGUAAAAUAUCCUAGUACAGAGACUUUUAUUCUCACCAGAAAACUCCAUAUUUCCUCCACAGGGAAACAAUUCCUAUAGCUGAAUCUCAGAGGAUUAAGGUAUGUCACUCAAAAUUCAAAACAUUUGGGGGCAUUUUAUUGAAGAAUAUGAUGGAAACAGUAAGUGCAAUGUUUAUAAAUAUUUGUUAAGCAUCAAGUAUAUACCAGGCUCUGCAUGACAUGAUCUCCUCUGCACAGAGUCUAACAAUCAAGUGGGAAGAUGAGAGAGCUUCCAGAAAAAAAGGCAGUACAAGGCAAUGUGGUGAGUCCCUUUGUUGCUGCUCUCGGCCCAUGUAUUGCAAAAGGAAGUAGCAUCGUUAUCUAGACAAAUCUCUUCUGGGUUUGAGGGUGGCUAUUCCAUUGGGAGCUAAGUUCUCCAUACUGGGUCUUAGGGCCUUUGGGAGGCCAUUAUCAACGUUCACCAAGAUGUAGGGCAAUAUUUGAUAGGCUAGAAGUGGCAAGAGUGGAGACUUACUGGACAGAGUAAGUAGCAACCACAGAUUCCUUUGAAUCUGUAGAAGAGAAUUUUGCCAGUUGGUUUGUUCUAAAGAAGAGAGAGAACACGAUGAAAAGUGGUGGUGUUCUGCCUGGCCCAGCACUGUGUCUAUCUAUAGCCUCCUGACAUGUCGGGGGAAAGAGGAGGAAGGUAGAACGUUAAGAGGCAUGGACUGCUGGAUUGAAGAGGUUCUUCUGUGCUGCCACCCCAAAGGGUUGUUCCUAUGACCACUGUCUCUUAUAGAUUAUCAGGGAGCUUGGGAGUCCUCAAGAUCCAGUAUUAGAAUGAGGCACUCAGAAAUGCAAUCAGUUCACCAGCUGCAUUUCACCAGCUGCAUUUCCUGUUUAUUUACUUCACUUCCCUUGGUGGGGUGAAGGGCAUUCUCACUGCAUGCUGUUUAUCCCAUCCCAUGAAAAUACUGUUUGCAUGUUGGGUCAUACGUAUUUACAAACCGCAGACAUCCCUUCAUUCUUCCAAGGAAAGCUUGAUUCCUCUGAAUCUGGGAACGGCUUAUUUUUUCUUCACUCUGUCUAUACAUAAUCAGUGUUUUCGACACCUAGAAAUCCUUAAACUUCCCUGAGUAUUCCCUGUGCUUUUCAACCUCUGCUUUUGCCCACAGUGGUCCCUCCACUGUAAUGUCUUCCUCUCCCCAUCCCCUUUCUAAAGUAUCAAAAUUAGACGCAGCCUUCAGAGUCCAGCUCAAGCAUGACCACCACCAUAAAACUUUCCCUAAUCUUACCUGGAAGAAAUUUCUCUUAUGAUAAUAAGUCAUAUUAUUUUUUGGUAAAUUUUAUAGUACUUACCACGUUCCACCAAAGGUCAUAGCUAUUUGGUAUUUGUGCUUUCUCUCCUAUCAACUAUAUCAACUAUAUACUCCUUGAGAGGAUCAGACAAUACUUCAAAGAGGUAUUCUAGACACAAUAGCUUCCAGAGGGCACACCUGGUUUUGCUCACCAUGUAUCAUUAGUGCCUGUCAUGGUAGGUUUGUUUACACAAUGAUGAAAUGGAUGACAGGCCUAGCACAUAAACACUAUAAAUAUUGAAUCCAAUGGGAAGUUGGUGUCCAGUCUGCACAAUCUUAAGCCAUUUCACUUUCUUAGUUCGUUCACUAUGCCUGUUUUUUAAUUAAUUUUUUUU